CAGAACUUCGAGUUCCAGCCGCGUUCCUUCUCGCUCGGGCAGCUUCUGCACCUCUAGCAACUGCGACAAUCACCUCGUCAUUUUACCAUCCACUCCGUCGCAUACUCACCCCAAAUUCGCGGAGAUCCUAGAGGAAACAACGCCGAACUCCAAAGAUGGACCCCGGCAGGCAAGCGAUGAUCAACGGGUGGAAAUCGCCGCGGAAAGAUAGAGAAAGGGACAUCACGGCACCACGCUACGAUGCGGCGAACCGCAUAACCAAGUCUACCCGCCAACCGCCCUCGUCCACGAAGAGUAACACAGCAACAACUGCAAGCAGAUAUCUUACUCAGGAUCAACAGUCGGAGCAGUUCGUUGCCGACGAGGACAAGUUCGUUUUGAAGCAGGCAAAGAAGAAGGCCGACAUCCGCGUUCGAGAACAGCGCGCCAAGCCUAUUGACUACCUCGCAUUCGGUCUGCGCUUCAUCGACCCCGGCCGCGACGUCUUCGACGACGACGAUGCCGAUGUCGAGAUCCGGAUCCCUGCGCCAGAGGCAGUGCUACAAGGCCUGAACGAGGCGCAGCUGAAGGAGCUGGAGGAAGACAUCCGGUCGUACCACACGCUCGAGGCCAACCUUCGGAACAGGGAGUACUGGAGUGCGCUGCUGGUGCUCUGUGCCGACCGCCGCCGCAUCCUCAAACCCCAAGGCCCGGAAGGACGAACGGUGAACUCGGUGGCGUCGGAUAUCGAUCGUAUCCUGAGCCCGAAGACCCUGGAGCAGCUGGAGGCGUUGGAGAAGCAGAUCAUGGCCAAGCUGCAGUCAGACGAGCCCAUCGACACCGACUAUUGGGGAGAGCUGCUCAAAAGCCUAUUGGUAUACAAGGCAAAAGCCAAGCUAAAAAGUGUGUGCGCCGCCAUCAAAGAUGCCCGGGUCGAGAUGCUCCGGAAGCGCGACCCGGAAAAGGCGCAGGCGCUCGAAGCAUCUAGUGGGUUUGCCGCUGCCGUUCCGGACCUUGCCCCGGGCUCCACCAAGCAUGCGUCCACCAAGCCUGCGUCCCGGCCCGCGGCAUUGACGGCGGCAUCUCAAGCUAGUUCCAGUGCCCCGCCGGCAGGAACCGCUCGCUUUGCGUCGGCCGAGAAUGAGGACUUUUCUCAGGCGACCAAGGCAUUGUACGACCGUGAGGUCGCCAGGGGUGUCAGCGAGAACGAGGAGAUCUUUGCGGCGGAAGAGGCGGUUCCGGGCAUUCAAAAGCCUCUGUGGGCCGACAAGUAUCGGCCUCGGAAGCCGCGCUACUUCAACCGUGUGCUGAUGGGGUACGAGUGGAACAAGUACAACCAGACGCAUUACGACCACGACAAUCCGCCGCCCAAGGUUGUCCAAGGGUACCGGUUCAACAUCUUCUACCCUGAUCUGAUCGACAAGACCAAGGCUCCAACGUUCAAGAUCAUUCGAGAGCACGGACGCCGGAAGGGCGAGUCAUUCGCCCCCGCCGGCAAGGAAGACACCUGCCUCAUUCGUUUCAUUGCCGGCCCGCCUUACGAAGACAUUGCCUUCAGGAUCGUGGAUCGGGAGUGGGACUACAGCGCGAAGAAGGAACGAGGCUUCAAGAGCAGUUUUGACAAGGGUAUUCUGCAACUGCAUUUCCAGUUCAAGAAGAUUUAUUACCGAAAGUAAAUACCCACGGACGAUCACACGGCCUCUGGGGUGCACUCCUCGUUUACCGGUACGGAGCUUUGGGCAGACGAGGCUCUUGGGUGGAUGUGGCCUGACCGAGGCGACGCCG